AUGACAGCGGAUAACAUGAGCCAGGUUUCAGAAGAUGUCUUGUUGGAGUCGUACCCGCAAAUCACCGCACCUAGUGAGUUGACCGGCUUCACUUCCAACUUAACAGAGGAGCAAGUCGAGGCGGUGAUUCAAAUGCGCAAGGACUUGGUCGAGUUGGGGUACGCGCAGAGAUUAGACGACGCCAGUUUAUUGCGCUUUCUCAGAGCUAGGAAGUUCGACUUGGCCUUGGCGAAGGAGAUGUUUAUCGAGUGUGAAAAGUGGAGAGACGAGUUUGGCACCAACACCAUCAUGAAGGACUUCAAGUACGAAGAGAAACCCAUUGUUGCCAAGAUGUACCCCACUUACUACCACAAGACAGACAAGGACGGCCGCCCUGUUUACUAUGAAGAGUUGGGCAAAGUCGACUUGAACAAGAUGCUCAAGAUCACCACCCAGGAAAGAAUGCUCAAGAACUUGGUUUGGGAGUACGAGGCCAUGGUCAAGUACCGUUUGCCCGCGUGUUCCAGAGAAGCCGGACACUUGGUGGAGACCUCGUGCACGAUAUUGGACUUGAAAGGGAUAUCGAUAUCCACCGCAUACAACGUCAUUGGCUACGUAAGGGAGGCCUCGAAAAUCGGCCAGGACUACUACCCGGAGAGGAUGGGUAAGUUUUAUUUAAUCAAUGCCCCCUUUGGCUUUUCCACUGCAUUCAAACUAUUCAAGCCGUUCUUGGACCCAGUCACCGUGUCAAAGAUCCACAUUUACGGCUACUCCUAUACCAAGCAGUUGUUGAGACAGAUUCCUCCGCAGAACUUGCCCCAAAAGUACGGCGGCAUGGAUCCUGCCACCGACGAUGAGUUGUUGUUGGGCGAUGUGGGUCCAUGGAGAGAUCCCAAAUACAUUGGACCUGAAGGCGAGGCACCAAUGGCAUAA